CCCUCCCUCCCUUGCAGAAAUUCUGAGCGGAGUCAUUCGAAGCGUCAAAAAGGAUGGGGAGUGGAAGGUGCUCAUCAUGGACCACCCCAGCAUGCGCAUCCUGUCGUCCUGCUGCAAGAUGUCAGAUAUCCUGGCCGAGGGCAUCACCAUUGUCGAGGACAUCAACAAACGGCGUGAGCCCAUCCCCAGCCUGGAGGCCAUUUACUUGCUGAGCCCCACGGAGAAGUCAGUGCAGGCCCUGAUUGCAGACUUCCGGGGGACGCCGACCUUCACCUACAAAGCAGCACAUGUCUUCUUCACCGACACCUGCCCUGAGCCCCUGUUCAGCGAGCUGGGCCGCUCCCGUCUGGCAAAGGUGGUGAAGACGCUGAAAGAGAUCCACCUGGCCUUCCUGCCCUACGAGUCCCAGGUCUUCUCCCUGGACGCCCCCCACAGCACCUACAACCUCUACUGCCCCUUCCGGGCCGGGGAGCGGGCGCGGCAGCUCGAGGCCUUGGCCCAGCAGAUCGCCACACUCUGUGCCACACUUCAGGAGUACCCAGCCAUCCGCUACCGCAAGGGCCCGGAAGACACCGCGCAGCUGGCCCACGCCGUCCUGGCCAAGCUGAAUGCCUUCAAAGCAGACACCCCUAGUCUGGGCGAGGGCCCUGAGAAAACUCGCUCCCAGCUUCUGAUCAUGGACCGGGCGGCCGACCCCGUGUCCCCGCUGCUGCACGAGCUGACGUUCCAGGCGAUGGCCUAUGACCUGCUGGACAUCGAGCAGGACACAUACAAGUACGAGACCACGGGGCUGAGCGAGGCCCGCGAGAAGGCCGUGCUGCUGGACGAGGACGACGACCUGUGGGUGGGGCUGCGGCACAUGCACAUCGCCGACGUGUCCAGGAAAGUCACAGAGCUCCUGAAGACCUUCUGCGAGAGCAAGCGGCUGACCACCGACAAGGCCAACAUCAAGGACCUGUCACACAUCCUGAAAAAGAUGCCGCAGUACCAGAAGGAGCUGAACAAGUACUCUACACACCUGCAUUUGGCUGACGACUGCAUGAAGCGAUUCAAGGGGACGGUGGAGAAGCUGUGCGGGGUGGAGCAGGACUUGGCCAUGGGCUCCGACGCGGAGGGCGAGAAGGUCAAGGACGCCAUGAAGCUGAUGGUGCCGGUGCUGCUGGACGCGGCCGUGCCGGCCUACGACAAGAUCCGGGUGCUGCUGCUGUACAUCCUUCUGCGGAACGGUGUGAGCGAGGAGAAUCUGGCCAAGCUGAUCCAGCACGCCAACGUGCAGGCCCACAGCAGCCUCAUCCGGAAUCUGGAGCAGCUGGGAGGCACUGUCACCAACCCCGGGGGCCCCGGAGCCUCUGGCCGGUUGGAGCGGAGGGAGCGCUUGGAGCCCACCUACCAGCUGUCCCGCUGGACCCCCGUCGUCAAGGACGUGAUGGAGGACGCCGUGGAAGACAGGCUGGACCGGAAGCUGUGGCCCUUCGUGUCUGACCCCGCCCCCACCCCUAGCUCCCAGGCUGCGGUCAGCGCCCGCUUUGGCCACUGGCAUAAGAACAAGGCCGGCGUGGAGGCGAGGGCGGGCCCCCGGCUCAUCGUGUUCGUCAUGGGCGGUGUGGCCAUGUCAGAGAUGAGGGCCGCCUACGAGGUGACCAAGGCCACCGAGGGCAAGUGGGAGGUGCUCAUAGGCUCCUCGCACAUCCUCACCCCAACCCGCUUCCUGGAUGACCUCAAGAUGCUGGACCAGAAGCUGGAGGAUAUUUCCUUGCCCUGACCCCCGCCCCCAACGCACCUACCCCUUCCUUUCAGAGAAAUAAAUCCCUGCCUCCCUGUG